CUCUCCCCCUCAACCCUCUUUAAAUCCUAUCAUCUGGAAAUAAAACCACCGCCUCACCACCACUAACCACCACCAAAUCUCCACCGCCUCUGGCCACCAUUACAACCACCAUAUUAUAUCCAAGAUCCAAUUAUUAAAUAAUCCAACAAAAAAGCCUUAUUUUUGGCACCAACCCAGGUCACCUCACUCAAAACCCACAUCAAAAACUCUUCAACCUAACUUCACACACACAUUGGUUUUUAGUAUGCUGAAAGAUGGAUCUGAAACAGAUGCUCAGAAAUUGAUUUCUUUGGUUUUUAGUAUGCUGAAAGAUGGAAAUAUUGAUCGGGUUGAUGAGAAAAUUGUUAGAAACUUUGCGUUCGGUGCAAGGGCUGUGUUGAACCCCAUGGCAGCCAUGUUUGGGGGUAUUGUUGGACAGGAAGUUGUUAAGGUUUGUUCUGGAAAGUUUCAUCCACUACUUCAGUUUAUACAAGCUGCAAGCCUGCAACAAAAAGAAUUAUCCUACAGUUUAACUGGGAUAUGGAGAAAGCAGAGGGAUCCCAAUUUUGAAUAUGAAGGGUCGAAGAUUGUGUCCACUAGUAGUGCGAUUGAUUUAGUAAUUUUAUAAAAUCCCCAAUUUUGUCCAGUUAUAAAAUGAAAUUGAAGGUUUAUUAGUUUGAUUUGUUGAAUUCUUGUUAGACCCUGUUGUGUGUUGUUGCGUUUUUUUGAUCUUGUGAUUAAGAAUCUUGUUUGAAUA